UACCAGGUACCUGACUCUUCAUCGUUCGUUAUUAUUUGCUGAGCGGAUUGGAGUAUUGCAGCAAUUGCAACAAUUGGCACAGUUGCCAAACAGCUCACAAGAGUCGAUCCUCCCAAUUUCUACCAUCUCUACCAGCAGUUGCAGCACGAAGCACCUGCAGGCAACCCCUAGCUCUCAAAUACAUACAAUUUCGAAGUACGAAUCAGAAGUACAAAAACCUACAGAAACCUGGAACCAAUACAAUUUUCCCUUUUCAGUCCAAUGUGGGAUUAAGACGCGAAACCCCCUAAAAUCGUCUUCUGACCUCAGCUGAUUCUUCGUGCCUAGACCCUGCAUUGCGCUGUUUUUUCUUUUCUUGAAUUUUAUUCUCAUUUCUCAAUUAUUCGAAUAGCAGGAACUAUUAAACCGCACAGCUAGAUUAUUGUCUUGGUAUAAGGCAAUAGCACGUGUUUUUACAUCUACAUAAUUUCCAAUACCAGACUCGACGAGUUGUUAUAGACUUGUCAGUGGCAACUAACAAUUGCUUAAUUACUUAGGUUGCAUCACGCCAAGUUUCGAGCACGCGGACAUCGUCUGAGAGGCCGCUGUUAUCUCCGCGCUCCCCAGGCAGCCCAGGCUCUCUCAACUAUAACAAACCACUUCCGUCUCCGCCUCCCCCGGGCACGAUAGACAAAGUCGAUGGCAGACCUCCCAAACCCGUGCUGAAGCUAAAACGCAUCAUGGCUUCAUUAACUGAAAUCGAAAUAGAGAAACUCUUCUCCGGGGCUCCGCAAUUCUUCGCUCGGUCUCAAGGUCACGGCUCCGGAGCCCCGCACCCAUCCGUGGCUUUCCCCUGGAAUGACGAGUUGGGCAUCAGAGACCUAGCUGACCACGUCCAGAUCACCGACGAUGCCUGGGGUUGUAUCACUGCGUGGCCGCGUAUUAUUCAUCGCGACCCCAUGUCUGUGGCAUCGCCGCCCGGCACGAAGCGUCCUCACUUUAAUGCAAGGUGUCAGGAACGGCCAAGCAUGCUUAGCAUGCAAGGCCUAGAAAAGGGCACGAUCGGUUACCAAGCUGCUUUGGAGAUUUCUGUCGCUGACGCCUUGCAGGAGGAGCAGUAUGGCUUCGACAGCCUGGGUUCUAAGGGUCAUGUGAUCGUAGAACAACGCCAGAAACUCAUCACGUCCAAGGACGGCUUGCGCCAUUUGGACGACUCGACCAUCAUGGAACAGCUGAUGAAAAAUGAGGAGAGGUACCAGGCGGAGAGAAGUGGGAUCCGGAUGAAAUCCCAGGAUUUUUACACCGAGUUAUUCAGUAAAAUUCUCUAUCCGCCGACGAGGGUCAUUGACCCCAAGGAUCCUUACAGUCUUGCUGUACAGAUCUCGGCCUUAGUAAAAGUGUUGGGUGCACCAAAUGCCUGGAUUGAUUUCUCCCGUGUCGAAUGGAGAGUUCGCCUCGGCCAAAUUUUGUGGGCCUUCCCCAUGGACGAUGAGAUUUUUGACGGGGUCUCGAUAAAUGAGGGGAAAGACGCCCAGGAUCGAAGCGAAGAACGAUACUGGCUGCUGCUCCAAAUUCUUCUUGCCUGCGAGCUUCUCAUCCGGUUGGAUGCCAUCACCGACGGUGACGAGAAUGGAUUGGGCGAGAGUCUAAAGGCGUCCGAGGUUCGUAGAUUUGAAAAGGAGGCAAACAUCUCCGUCAAAUGGUCGUUGAUCCUUGCUCGAGCAUGGCUCGAAAACAUCAACGUCACGAAAACAAACACGUCCCACUCUGAGCCAUCCACGCCCAAAGGUUGGCUUUCGUCGUUAACUAGCAAGAUGAAUCUAAAGCAUGAGCACAUGUAUGGAGCACAUCAUGUUGACCAUAGCCAGUAUCGUCACAAUGCUCAAUCCGAAUAUGCGUACGCAAUUCAGGGCAGGUACACCGAGAGACAAGUUUAUGGACUAAUACAUUUUGCGCGCAAGCUACGUUGGCCAGAUAUACAGUUCUCCGGACCAAAAGUAGCUGAGAAGGCUAUGGCGCUAGGUAAAGGAACAUCUAUCACGGCACCUCCAGUUUCGUUUGAUUCACGACGGUCUUCAUAUUUCUCUAAUGCCAAGUCAUCUAUUCCUAAAAGAAGACAGCCAUCUAGGAGACGGAAGAUCGAAGCAGCUCUGCAUGCAUCUGGCUGGUUUUCGAAGUCAUACAUAUCCGGUCUAAUUUUACCUGGUGACAUGCUGUCUCAUUAUCUUAUGUCAGCUUUACUCGAAGUUGACGAAAAUGCCUUGCCAAGGCUUGGUCCGAGAGCCAGCCUUUGUGGCGGAUUCGUCUACAGCGGGAAGAGUUUCUGGAGCACGUCCUGCAUUGUGGGUCGCGUUCUGGCCGCCGGUCAAGGUGCUGCAGAGUGCAUGGGCUGGAUAUCAAGCGACGUAGUUCCACGCGGGCUUGAUGAGGGGUGGGUUAAUGUCACUGUUGAUACUAUGCCAGCCGACCUUGCUCGAACGGGGAGAAAAGCUCGGAUCUAUGGCAAAACUAUCAUAGAACGAGAAUCUGAUGUUCUAGGCGAUGCCGAGCCUUCUAAUGUGCUACCGGCAGACUUUGUUAUUCCAUAUGAAAACGCAUAUGUGAAGUCGCCGCCUUCGAACAUCAGAAUAGAGCUGAAGUCGUUGAAUUUAUACGCUCCGAUAGAUAGCGUAAGCACAACGCCUACAGCAGAUAAGGGUUUCCAUCCAUUCUCCGAACCCAGCAAGGAGAAGGAACCGGAAAUUCGUACAUACCCUGCUUCUACGACGUUUACGAUCUCUCAUGAUUCACUUGACCAGGACGAAUAUCACAACUUCACGCUUACUAAUGAUGUUAAUUUUGUCACGGCGCACCCUUGCGUUGCCUCCAGUUAUGUUAAAUAUUUUAAAUCACCCACUAGCCCUACCAUUCAACAAAUCGACGUCGGCGGCCAUGAUACUAAUGGGAAGUCCUCCAGCCCGGCACAUAUCACAGGUGAGCUCCCCUCCGACCCGUGAGGUACGCAAUCCGCCUUUACUAACACACGCCAGGCCACCCACUUCAUAGAUAU